CCUGGCUGCACGGGUGAAUGUGAACGGGUGAAUGUGAACGGGUGAAUGCACUUUUUUUUCAGAAUGGACCAAAGUCUUGGGAUUGACUCGGUAGGGGAAUAAGCAACAUUCGUUUCUGAAACCAUCCGGAGUCGCUGCUCUGUGUUAAUAAUAUCGUUUCUGGAAGCCAAGGGGCUCGAGUCUCCGGUAAUGAAGAUCCUGCGCUUGUCCAUCUGGGGUGUGAGGAGACGCCCUGCCCCACAGGCGAGCAGUGACCUGCCCGAAGAUCACCCCGUUCAUUCCCUUCCUGGUGGCGCUGACCCCGCCAGUAUUCUUCAGCCUGGAUUACUGCAGGCCAUGUACAGCGCUGUAAAACCACUGGUGUGAUCGAUCACAAAUAUACCUGCUACUGCUGCUGGAAUGGAAAUAUUCGGUAUCCCGCAGCUUGCAACCUGAACGGGAUCUUUACAAAUGCUUAUUGGGCAUUUUAGCUAAUUUGUCGGCAGUUUGAAACGCACGGUUGUCAUGUCCGUUCGCACCUCUGACUGCUGCGGUAAGAAGUGCUAUCGCAAGCCGUCGUGCAUGCUGCAGGUCUAACCGCCGCCGCCGCCGCCCGGUGUGUCUUUAAGGGAAAGUUAUCGCCCCGGGCUGUGAAACGCGAUACCCCGCAGGCCAACAGCUGGCGUGUGAGGGGGGCUGGGGGAGGAGAGAGAGAGGCGAGCGGACCCGGGGGAACCGCGAGUCCGAAUCCCCCUCUGCCGAGCAGCGGAACCGAGCCCAGAAGCGCGCCGGGAGCCCCGCUGCGGUGCCGAGUCGCCAUGCGUCCCCGAUCCCUGACCGUCAGGCUGGUUCUGGCCGUGGUGCUGUUUUCUCUGUGCGCGCUGCACGUAUGUGAGAACCAGGAGUCACGGCUACUUAAAGACCUGAUGAGUGGAUAUAACAAGAGGAUUCGACCGGCCAGGCAGCCAGGAGACAAAGUGCAGGUCCAGGUCAAGCUGACUUUGACCAACCUCAUCUCUCUGAAUGAGAAAGAGGAGGCACUGACCACCAACGUGUGGAUAGAGAUUCAAUGGAACGACUACCGCCUGGCGUGGAACUCCUCGGAGCACGAUGACAUCUCCGUGGUGCGCGUGCCCUACAACAUGGUGUGGCUCCCCGACAUCGUGCUGGAGAACAAUAUCGAUGGGAAGUUCGAUGUGGCCUACUAUGCCAAUGUGCUGAUCCACCCUGAUGGCAGUAUGUACUGGCUGCCCCCAGCCAUCUACAGGAGCGCCUGCUCUGUGGAGGUCACCUACUUCCCCUUCGACUGGCAGAACUGCACCCUGGUCUUCAGGUCACAGACGUACAGCGCUAAUGAGAUCGACAUCAUUCUGGCGGUUGACACAGGCAAAACCAUAGAAUGGGUGGACAUUGACCCUGAAGCCUUCACUGAGAAUGGGGAAUGGGCAAUCAGGCACCGCCCUGCCCGCAAGGUCAUCAACAGGAGGUACACUCCUGAUGAUCUGGAGUACCAGGAAGUGCACUUCAAUCUCAUCAUCCAGCGGAAGCCCCUGUUCUACAUCAUCAACAUCAUCGUGCCAUGCGUGCUCAUCUCCUCGCUAGUUGUGCUAGCCUACUUCCUGCCUGCACAAGCUGGAGGGCAGAAGCUGACAGUGUCCAUCUCGGUGCUCCUGGCUCAGACGGUUUUCCUGUUCCUGAUUGCCCAGCAGAUCCCGGAGACGUCGCUGUCAGUGCCCCUCAUCGGGAAGUACCUGAUUUUUUCGAUGUUUGUAGCCACUCUCAUCGUGACCAACUGUGUCAUCGUGCUCAACAUCUCCCUGCGCAGUCCCAAUACGCACACCAUGUCCCACGGCAUUCGACAUGUAUGAACACGCCUGCUGCACCUGUCACACACAUGUCAGACACCUGCAGUGCACAUACUGCACCU